UUAAAAACGCGCGUGCGCAUCUGAUAAUUGAGAAUCGGCACGCGACUCAGUCAGCUGACCUGUCUUGUGAUAGCAGUUAGGCUGGACUCGUGAGACAGCUUGUUCUUGUCGUUCGCUGUACGCACGCUGGAAAACAUCGCAUUUUUCUUCCUGAAAAAUUAAGUGUUCAAGAUGACAAACCAGAGUUUGGCGAAGAUUGCGCAUGAGGAGCGGGAGGGCAAGUUUGGAUAUGUCUAUGCAGUAUCCGGACCUGUUGUUACCGCUGAAAAAAUGUCUGGCUCAGCUAUGUAUGAACUGGUACGAGUCGGUUAUUAUGAGCUAGUAGGAGAGAUUAUCAGAUUGGAAGGCGACAUGGCUACAAUACAGGUAUAUGAAGAGACAAGUGGUGUGACAGUUGGUGAUCCCGUGCUUCGCACCGGAAAACCACUGUCCGUCGAAUUGGGUCCUGGCAUUCUUGGCAGCAUCUUCGACGGUAUUCAACGGCCAUUGAAAGACAUCAACGAGCUGACGAGCUCGAUUUACAUCCCAAAAGGUGUCAACGUGCCCGCACUUUCGCGUACUGCUUCCUGGGAAUUCAAUCCACAUAACGUGAAAAAUGGUAGCCAUAUCACAGGCGGUGACUUAUAUGGUGUUGUACAUGAGAAUACUUUGGUAAAACAUUGGAUGAUUCUGCCACCUAAGUGCAAAGGCACGGUCACGUACAUCGCGCCCGUUGGCAACUACACCGUCGAUGAUGUUGUAUUAGAGACCGAAUUCGAUGGUGAGAGACAAAAAUAUACCAUGCUUCAGGUAUGGCCAGUCCGCCAACCUCGCCCGGUCACUGAAAAAUUACCAGCUAAUCAUCCUCUACUCACUGGUCAGCGAGUUCUGGAUUCUCUCUUUCCAUGCGUCCAGGGUGGAACUACAGCUAUUCCCGGUGCUUUCGGUUGCGGCAAAACUGUUAUCUCGCAGGCCUUAUCUAAAUAUUCCAACUCCGAUGUAAUCAUUUAUGUAGGUUGCGGAGAACGUGGUAACGAAAUGUCUGAAGUAUUGCGCGAUUUUCCUGAAUUGACUGUGGAGAUUGAAGGUGUUACCGAGUCCAUCAUGAAACGUACUGCUCUGGUCGCUAAUACGUCUAACAUGCCAGUAGCCGCGCGUGAAGCGUCCAUCUAUACUGGUAUUACGCUGUCUGAAUAUUUCCGUGAUAUGGGUUACAACGUAUCGAUGAUGGCGGACUCGACAUCUCGUUGGGCUGAAGCUCUCCGAGAAAUUUCGGGUCGUUUAGCUGAAAUGCCUGCCGAUUCUGGUUAUCCUGCUUAUCUCGGUGCUCGUUUAGCCAGCUUUUACGAACGCGCCGGCAGAGUAAAGUGUUUGGGUAACCCAGACCGUGAAGGAUCUGUUAGUAUCGUCGGUGCUGUAUCACCACCAGGUGGUGACUUUUCCGAUCCUGUGACCAGCGCUACACUGGGUAUUGUGCAGGUAUUUUGGGGUUUGGAUAAGAAACUUGCGCAACGUAAACAUUUUCCAUCUAUUAAUUGGCUCAUAUCAUACAGCAAGUAUUUACGAGCAUUGGAUGAUUUCUACGACAAAAAUUUCCCAGAGUUUGUUCCAUUGAGAACGAAAGUAAAGGAGAUCUUGCAAGAGGAGGAAGAUCUGUCAGAAAUCGUGCAACUAGUAGGCAAAGCUUCGCUCGCCGAAACAGAUAAAAUAACACUUGAAGUAGCGAAAUUGCUGAAAGACGAUUUCCUGCAACAAAACAGCUACUCGCCGUACGAUCGUUUCUGUCCAUUUUACAAGACCGUAGGAAUGUUGCGAAAUAUGAUCGCAUUCUACGAUAUGGCGAGACACGCGGUGGAAUCGACAGCUCAAUCAGAUAACAAAAUCACAUGGAAUGUCAUCAGGGACAGUAUGGGCAAUAUCCUGUAUCAAUUGAGCUCUAUGAAGUUCAAGGACCCUGUUAAGGACGGCGAGGCAAAAAUCAGGGCAGACUUUGAUCAGUUGCAUGAAGAUAUUCAACAAGCGUUCAGGAAUUUAGAAGACUAAGUUCCUGACUUGUCACUUGUUAUAAGCAAUUUUAAGAUAUUGAUCGUUCUUGUAACUUGGCUCUAACAUUUAAGGAUGUCCCAGUCCAACUAGUGAAUUGCAGAUAGCCUGCUAAAAAUACGACCACAAAUAGCACUAUCGAUUAUGUCAUGUAUUAUUCGUCAAAUAUAUAUUCUUGAAAGCGUUUGAAUGAAUUGUAAAUAGAGAAAAGCGCUACGUUUUGAAGCUUACUACCAUACAAUGAAAUGAAUUUUGAAAGAUAUGUCAUGUCGUGUACGUGACGAUUGUGACAAUAAAGCGGGACAUUCUUAAAUGCGUUCGAAGUGUACGUUUAAAGAUUAUACUUUGCUUUCUCGAGAGUUAAUCCGCUUGACUCGAGAGCAGAGUUACCUGUAAUUAAUCAGAUAUUAUCAGAGAAAGUAAUUUUACUCUUCGUGCAGAAAUAUAUCUUCGUUUUUUUCCGCUUUGUUAAAGGUGCAAAUAAUCGGAAAGUUAAUAUUCCUAUAUGUUUUCCUUAUAUGUAAAAUAUGAACGAAAGUAUAAAAGGGGCUCUCCCUGUUUCAUCGUGACGCGCGCAGAUUAGAAUUAUGGCAUAAGGAGAUACUCUUAAUUACCAAUAAUAUAUGUGGAUAACAGGCAGUUCUUAUCUUGCAGAGAUUGUGAAUCGUGGAGUAUUAAAUAUUGUAACAUAUAAAUGUACUAUUUAAGUGCGAUGGUAAUCGCAACUGUUAUGCAUAAUGAAGCAUAAUUAAGUAUACUAUACUUUAACAUUACAUGAUUUAAAAGUUUAGAAGACAUACAUAUAUACAUAUACACAAUACAAAGAUUAGACAACCGAUUAAGGUGCAGGUAUCAUGAAGAUAAAAUAUAAAAGGAAAAAGAACGUAUAUACAAACGAUGACUAGUGUUCCAUUGACUUCGAUAUCAUUUCCAUUGUAUGAUAUGUAAAAAAGUAUAAUAAAAUUAUGCACAAGAGGA